CUAACAUCUACAGACACAUAGGACCUCUGUUUUACAGAAGAGAGCCGACCUUUGCGGGGCCUACGACUCAGAGCAGGAUGGCGUUCUAGCUGAAGACGACUCCCGGCACCAGCGCUGCUGUCACUCCUCUCCUCCCCUCUUCCCCCACCCCCCGCCCGCAGCAGACGUGUGUGCGUGUGCCGGGCCCGCCGCCCAGCCUGAUACUCAAGCCCCCUGGGCCAGCUGCCCUAAAUAGAAGCUGCCGGCAUGGAGCAAGCGACAGCGGCCGAGGCCUUGGGGCAGGUGCCCCCACUGAACAAUGGCCUCCAGCCUCAAGAAGAAACAGGCCCCAUCACAUCUCUGGACAUUGAGGAAUCUGCUUUGAAAGCCAAUGGUGUAGUACAGGAAGCCAAGGAUUUGAUUGCCAAUGACAAAGAAGUGGAUUUGAUGUUGACAAAUGUAGUGGCAGAUGGCAGAACCAAGAGCCAGGAUCCAGAAGCAGCUGUGUUUGAUGCUGAGACCGCAGCGCACGUUGGCAAAGUGACUGCUGUAGAUACCAUUGCUAUCGAAUUGGAUUUUAAGUCAGCCCAUUCAGAGACCAAAGAGUUGGAGACAGCUCACAACAAUGGUGGAACGGGCAAUGACAUGGUGCCCCGAGAUAGGAUUGAGGACUGGAGUACCAAAGCAAGCACUCGCAUUGCAGAAGAUACAGGUCAGCUUAACAAAGGCACGGUCCUGGGUCCCAGCACAGGAGUAACAUCAGAGGACACAAAGCCUGAACAGGGCAGCCAGGAAGGCAAUGAUGAUGUCAUUUCCCUUGACUGUGAGAUUCUUGGGUUUGGUCCUGAUAUCGAGUUCUUGGGUCCAGAUGCUGAAAUCUAUAUGCAAUUCAUGCGGAGUCAUCACUGUUAUGAUGCUAUUCCCACCAGUUCCAAACUGGUAGUGUUUGAGACCACCCUGCAGAUUAAAAAGGCAUUCUGUGCCCUGGUGGCUAAUGGGGUGCGAGCCGCUCCUCUUUGGGACAGCAAGCAGCAGUGCUUUGUGGGUAUGCUGACCAUCACUGAUUUUAUUAAUAUCUUACAUCGCUAUUAUCAAUCCCCUCUGGUUCAGAUAUAUGAGAUUGAGGAACACAAAAUUGAAACUUGGAGAGAGGUGUAUUUGCAGGGUUCCUUCAAGCCUUUGGUGCACAUCUCUCCAAAUGACAGCCUCUUCGAUGCAGUUUAUUCCUUGAUUAAGAAUAAGAUCCACCGGCUGCCUGUGAUUGAGCCCAUCUCGGGGAACGUCCUGCACAUCCUGACCCACAAGCGCAUCCUCAAAUUUCUGCAUCUCUUUGGAGCCAUGCUUCCAAAGCCACGCUUCCUGCAGAAAACCAUCUAUGAGCUGGGCAUUGGUACCUUUCGUGACAUUGCAAUCGUGCAAGACUCAGCCCCUGUCUAUACAGCUCUGGAGACUUUUGUGGACCGCAGAGUCUCGGCGCUACCUGUGGUGAAUGAAAAAGGCAAAGUAGUUGGCCUCUAUUCCCGCUUUGAUGUGAUUCAUUUGGCUGCCCAGAAGUCUUACAACAACCUGGACAUUAGUGUGGGGGAAGCCCUGAAACAGCGCUUGGUCUGCAUAGAAGGGGUCCUUACAUGCCACCCCUAUGAAACACUAGAAGACAUCAUUGAUCGCAUCGUCAAAGAGCAGGUCCAUCGCCUGGUUCUGGUGGAUAAGAAGAACGCUCCACGGGGGAUCGUGUCCCUCUCUGACAUUCUCCAAGCCCUGGUGCUCACACCUGCAGGCAUUGACCGCUAUUCCCUCUGACAGCGUGCAGGACUACUUGCUACUUGAUCUACUGCUACUGCAUCUAUGGCUCAGGGAAGAGAAGCUCUGACAGUGAUGAAGAAGGCCUUGCAUCCCCACAGCCAACACUGGAGCCUCAACUGCCAGUUCCUUCCUCUCAGUGAACCAAGAAAGUUGAGAGGAGACCUGAGGACGACAGAUGCUCUAACCUCAGAACUGCAAACAGAGAUGUUCCUUCUUCAUCCCUACCAAUAUACAGAAGCAGUCUGCUACAAGUGGGGGGUGGGGGGAUGUUGUGAACACUGCAUCUGUUGCUUGCCUCCUCCCCUCAGCCUCACUUACUGGAGGAGAUUGUAUACAAAAAUCCAACAUGCCUCAGGGCCUCUCUUGCUUCAGCUGGGAAAAAAUUGCUAGAGGCAACAUCUACUGCUUCAGGUUAGAGGCUAAUCUGGAGGGUUCCUUACCCUCCCUGCAGGAUGAUAGGAGGGAAAAAAGACCACUCAUUGGAGAUGGAUUAAUUCGAAUCUAAAGCCAGAUUCCAGAUCUUGAAAAGGAUUAGGCUGAGCUACUUUGAAAAGAUUGCAGAUUUUUUCUUAGUACUUAAAAUAGGCUUACGCCUUGCUUUGUUAUUUCAUGGCACUGAACCACUUGCAAGGCCCAAGACCUGCCUAAGAGAAUUGCUACAAGGUAGGCAAGGCUCCUAAGGCGGUAAACUCUUAAGCAUCUAUUCAACAUAUUUGGCCCUGUUCUGAAACAUAUUCCCUCAUCAGCAGGAGAUGGGUAGAGGUGGUUUCACCAUAAAUGAUUCAUCUUUCCUCUUAAGCCUGCAUUAUAAAUCAAGGUGGUGUUUCUGUGAAACUCUAGCACAUGGUAACAAAGGCUGUGCCAGGAGGAACACAAUGAGGGAAAGCUUUCCUCCAGGACAGGAUAUGAUUUUUGCUCCUGUUGCUAUCACACUUGGGGAAAUAAAACUUUCACACUGCUACCCUUUUUAUACAGGAUCAUACUUCCAUGUUCCAGCAAGGAGCGCUUGAUUAUUUAAGCCAGUGUUGUCCAAACUUGGCCACUUUGAGUGGACUUCA